CCGAACAGGCAGCACUUCAACUUCGGAGGCUGAACAGGAGGAAGACCGACAGCAGCAGCAGCAGCAGCAACAGCAGCGAGUUUAACAGCGAGUCAGAGGAGACUAAAACUACUCCCUCAGCUCUCAAUUCGUCAUUGUUUGGAUUUAUUCCGGAUUAAAAUAAGCUCUUUUGGGUUUAACAACACGAUGUUUUCCACCAUCGGUACCGACUUGACUUACAGCAGCAUGGCUUCUCCUCUGAACCCGACUCAGGAUUUUACGGACCUUGCAGUCUCAGGAGCGUCCUUCGUGCCCACCGUCACGGCCAUCUCCUCGAGCCCGGACCUGCAGUGGAUGGUCCAGUCUGUGGUCUCGUCCGUGGCUCCGUCUGAGAGCAGGGUUCAUCCCUACUCCUCCGACAUGACCUUCUCCAGAUCCAAAAUGGUGAAGACCCUGAGCGGAAACAAGGCUCCCGGCAGCACCAGCAGCCGCAGGGGCAGAAUUGAGCAGCUUGCUCCAGAGGAGGAGGAAAAGAAGCGUCUUCGCCGCGAGCGAAACAAGAUGGCCGCUGCCAAAUGCCGCAACAGGAGACGCGAGCUCACAGACACCCUGCAAGCUGAAACGGACAUUCUGGAAGAUGAGAAAUCAGCUCUGCAGAAUGACAUCGCCAAUCUCCUGAAAGAGAAAGAGCGUCUCGAGUUCAUCCUGGCCGCACACCGGCCCAUCUGUAAGAUCCAGUCACAGAUGGACUCGUCCUUCACCGAACCCUGCGUCUCUCCGGUGUCGUCCGAGAGCGCGGUGACUUCCGGACCUUCCACACUGACCACAACAACUACCACCUCCGUGAAACUGUCCGACCUCGAGUCCACUCUGGAGGCUUCGCUUGAUCUUCUCACCAAAUCCGAGAUGGACACGGCCCGCUCGGUGCCGGACAUCGACCUGUCCAACUCUCUGUACGCCGCUCAGGACUGGGAGCCACUUUACACGCCGGCCAACCUGGACCUGGAGCCUCUGUGCACGCCUGUGGUCACCUGCACACCCACUUGCACAUCCUACACGUCUACCUUCCUCUUCUCGUACCCGGAGGGCGACGCCCUCUCCAGCUGCGGCCAGAUGCACUGUCGCGAAAGCAGCGGCAACGAGCAGUCGUCCGAUUCGCUCAGCUCACCCACUCUGCUCACGCUAUAAGGGCGCCAAUACUUAUUCUCCUCCAUCAGCCUCACAUCAACACUGACCUUAAAGACAUUAACAAUGCAGGGCUACAGAUUCCACUAAGCAAUCACUUAUUAUUAUUAUUAUUAUUAUUGUUAUUGUUACGUUAUUAUUCAUGCGUAUGAAUGAGGCUCUUAAACAUGUAGCAUGGUUUUUAUGUUUCAUUAUGCAGAUAUUGUGUAGAAGAUGAAUAAAUAAAUACGUAAAUAAAUACAUUAUGUUUAUGGUGCUCGAUAAACUGUAACGUGGUCUCAGCAAUAUCCAGGCAACCUGUGUGAAUUUGUGCGUUUUCUUUAUCUAGCCGUCGUGCUACUCUGCUAACAUUACAUGAAGUUUUCUGUGAAAACAUCGUCUUAAAAAUAAAUUAUGGAUUGUUUUUAUUUUUAUACUGGAAUGUGAACUAAAAGCAAACUGUACCUGUUUGCAAAAUAAAAAAACUAUUAAUAAAUAUUCAUUGUACAACA